AUGACGAGUCUAGACAUCUCCAACAACAAAAUCGAAGGUCAAGUUCCUAGCUGGUUAUGGACUCUACCAUAUUUGGAGCACGUGAAUCUUUCCAACAACACUUUCAUCGGUUUCCAAAGUCUAAAGAAGAAACAAGGACUAUCCUCUGUCCAGAAACCAUCUAUGCGGUACUUGCUUGGCUCCAACAACAACUUCACGGGAAAGAUUCCUUCUUUCAUAUGCGCAUUGAGUUCUUUAAGCGCGCUCGAUUUAUCUAAAAACAACUUGAACGGUUCAAUCCCUCAUUGUUUGGAAAAUCUCAAUAGUACUCUUUCAGAUCUAAACCUUCGGCAGAAUAAUCUUAGUGGAGGUCUUCUAGAGCAUAUAUUUGAAAAUAUGAGGUCGCUUGUUCUCGGUCAUAACCGACUUGUGGGAAAGCUUCCAAGAUCUUUGAAUCGUUUCUCUACUCUUGAAGUUUUGAACGUGGAGAGCAACCGAAUCAAUGACACGUUUCCGUUCUGGUUGGGUUCUCUACAGAAGCUGCAAGUUCUUGCCCUUCGCUCAAAUGCAUUCCAUGGACCAAUACAUCAAGCCUCAUUCCCUCAGUUGCGAAUCAUCGACAUAUCACAUAAUCACUUCGAUGGAACUUUGCCAUCAGAUUACUUUUCGAAGUGGACUGCUAUGUCAUCACUUGGGACCGACGAAGAUCAGUCUUCCCAAAAGUACAUGGGAGAUGAAUCACGCUAUUACCAAGAUUCAAUGGUUUUGAUGAAUAAAGGUGUAGAGAUGGAGCUAGUAUGUAUCUUAAAAAUCUUAACAGCAAUCGACUUUUCUGGAAACAAAUUUGAAGGAGAGAUUCCAAAGUCCAUCGGUCUAUUGAAAGAGCUUCAUGCGCUCAACCUGUCAAACAAUGUACUAAGGGUUUGUCUAUCCCUAUAUAUAUGUAAUGAACGAUUGAAUCAAUAA